GACGGAGGAGGGCGGAAGUGAGGACGGAGGAGGAGGAGGAGGAGGAGGAGGGCGGAAGACAUCGUGUUACUGCAGGCGGUGGAGAUGGACGGACGCAGCCAGCAGCAUCUCCCAGCAGAUUACUCUCCUUCGAAAAUGUCCGGAGUCCAGCGGAGCAGCCGCCCGGCCAGAGGGAGAGUCCCGCCUAAGCGGCCCGGGAAAGGAGAGAGAAAAAUUGGGUCCAGCGAGCUGCAGCCAGUUUCCGGGUCACGUGUGAGAAGGGAGCCGGCAGUGAGCGGAAAGGGACAAACUGCUGCAGAAAGCGAAUCCAGCUGCUUUAAAAUCAGCUACAAUUCUAUUUUAGAGACCAUAGAGGCGAUUUUACAGCAGGCCAAGGAUGAAAUGACCAAUCGGCAGCCAUUUCCACAAGCAAUCACAGUGCCAGGAGGGAAUCCAGCACAUCAGUUGCCUAGGAGAGGCCUGGCACAGCAGCUCAGGGUGAGUGACCCUAAUACCCCCUCCAUACAGUCAGCAGGGGCCUCCAGUAGGCAGCAUGGACGGGAGGGCACUGUUGCCCCUACACCUCAACCGCCAGCACUCUCCAGCCGUGUACAAAGCAUCCACAGUCUUCAGAGGGCUAAAUAUUGUAGCAGCACGGGGUCCCCAACUUCGUGUCCAACCCAGCCCCCAUACCACGCCAUGACAGACGAUUCUCCAACUGAGGGGCGCAGUGUUGGGUGCUACAAAGAACGCAGUCCGGAAGCCGAUAUGCAGUCCAACCAUCGUAUCAGGCAGUCGCGUCCCAGGGAACGAGAAAAUUGCUCCCCCCGCAGGCUUACACUCUACAGGUGCUGCAGUCACAGGGAGCAACAGUGGGAAGACGUCAGGGAAGUGAGGCCAGAUUGGAGGGAAUCUAGAUCACGCAGUCGCAGGUCACCGCCUCACAAUGCAGAGGUUAGCAGACAUCUAUACAGACCGCAACCUUCACCGCACAGAGGAGGUCAUCCUUGCUCAGGUUUGGAUGCUUUUGUCAGGCGGUCAAGACAGAAUGGUCAGCCCAGUGUUUCCCCAACAGCAGUUCCUAGCACAAAGACGUAUGAACGGACAGAGAAUCAGCGCAGAGAAGACAGCCAGGUUGCCAAUGAGCUUCCAGAAACUAACCACCGUUACGUCAAUGCCUCUACCAGCAUGGCAGUGGAUCGGGACCUGAGAACAGCCAAUGCCACAGCCAGCAUGGCAGACAAGGGGUAUGGCACAUCAGCCAUAGCCUCUAGCAACUUGGCUUCAGUGGACAGACCCACAUGCAAGAAAACCUCAGAAGCCGCAUACCAUCCAUUCGUCAACAUCAGAGAGUCCGAUGGAACCAAUCAGCAGACAUCGGGAGCCGAUUCCAGCCCCGUGGGCGGUGGCGACAGAACAGUUAAAAGUGGAGUAAAACAAGUGUGGAUCGUCGGACACUCCUAUGUCUAUUGGGCGGAGAAGCAGGCAGUGGCCCGGAAUUACGGGGCCCAAUUAGGUAUACCGUACGAGGCAGCGAAGCUGACUUGGCUGGGUAAGAUUGGCAUGGUGUGGGAGGACAUUAGGGGCGAGUUGCUGAAAGCAGAAGCGCGGCACGGGAAACCCGACGUGUUAAUCACGCACCUUGGUGGAAGUGACUUAGGUAAGACAAAAUCACUAGAUUUAAUCAGGUGCAUACGCCAAGACAUGCAGUGGGUGGUCGAUCGCUGGAGGGCGGUCAUCGUUAUUUGGUCAAACAUUAUCCCCCGUAUGGCGUGGGAGGGCGUCAGCCGGGGAGCAGGAGUGGAGAGGGCACGUAAAAAGAUAAAUGCAGCCAUGGCCAAAGUUAUCCCCCCCUUAGGUGGGCGCUGCAUUCAGCACACUGUCAUUAAGGGGAAUUGCACAGGAUAUUAUCGGGAGGACGGGGCUCAUCUAUCGGAUGUUGCAACGGAUUUGUUUAACAUUACGCUGCAAGAGGCUGUAGAGGCGGUGGUAUUUCCAGUGGCCACAGGGUGAGGGGCUUCUGUCCUUGGGAGUAAGUCAAGAGGACGUCGUUUG